AUUGGUGGCCCCGAGCAGCCUCUGAGUGGGCGGUUGAGCGAGGUCUCCUCUGGCUCUUUCUUCGCCCGGUCCGGCCUCGCACGGCCCCUCCCCGCCGUGGAGCUCGGAGCGGCGGUGAACGCCACCGCCAUGGACCGCGCCGGCGCGCGUGCGGGGGGAGCAGCAGGAGCAGCCUGUAUGGCCACCAAGCGCCGCCUGCCUGCCGCUGCCGCCGCGUCCUCGUCGACGCCUUCCCCGCUGGGCCUCUCGUCCUCCAGCCCGGCCGUGAUGGCGGACCCGCACCGGCUCUUCGAGGACACGAGCUCCGGUGCCUCCUCCGCGGGCAGACCCGCCUACGCCGAGCAGGUCUCCGCCUCCUUCCUCUCCGAGCCCGCCGUGUCCAACUUCGCGGUGGCCUACGGGAGCAGCCUGGCCAGCCAGGGCAAGGAGAUCGUGGGCCGGAACAUCGAUCGCCUCAUCCCCGUGACCAAGCUGAAGUACUAUUUCGCCGUGGACACCAUCUAUGUUGGCAAAAAGCUGGGGCUGCUCCUGUUCCCCUUCCUGCACCAGGACUGGCAGGUACAGUACCAGCAGGACACCCCAGUGGCACCACGCUUUGAUGUCAACGCGCCAGACCUCUACAUACCAGUAAUGGCAUUCAUCACCUACAUUCUGGUGGCAGGGCUGGCGCUGGGAACCCAGAAUAGGUUCUCCCCUGACCUGCUGGGCUUGCAGGCCAGCUCAGCCCUGGCUUGGCUCAUUGUAGAGGUGCUAGCCAUUCUCCUCAGCCUCUACCUCGUGACUGUCAACACAGACUUGUCCACCAUUGACCUGGUUGCCUUCUCAGGGUACAAGUAUGUUGGGAUGAUUGUUGGCCUUUUGGCUGGGCUGCUCUUUGGGAAGAUGGGUUAUUACCUGCUGCUGAGCUGGUGCUGUAUCACAAUCUUUGUUUUCAUGAUCCGGACCAUGCGCUUGAAGAUCCUGUCUGAGGCAGCAGCCGAAGGAGUGCUGGUGCGGGGAGCCAAAAACCAGCUGCGCAUGUACCUGACCAUGGCUGUGGCCGGGUUGCAGCCGCUCAUCAUGUACUGGCUCACCUUCCACCUCAUCUAUUGAAGGGUCUGCUGAGGCAAGCCUGGUCCCUCUCCAGUAAGGGACCCAGUCAGGCAGUUGCCUGGUGCAUACUGUGCAAACAGGCUGGGAAUAGACCCAGCCCAGAGCUUCUGCUGCUUCAGCUCUGACAAGACAUCUCUGUGUAAGUUGAUGUUGUGGGUGCUGAUGGGCAGGCAGCAGGAGCUUGUGUGUCAGUGAGGGAGGGAGAGCACGCUAUGAGGUGGCCAUUUCUGCCUCUCCAGGUCCUCUUUUGGAGAGGGAGGAGGCAGGCAGCAGGCACCUCUGCCUGGGGGACUGCCAUCCUUUCCUCUUUGCAUGCAGGCCAGAGCCCUUCCUGAUUACUGUACACCUCUGGAGUGUGUUGAAGUGCAUUCCUGUCUGUUCCUGCCCUUGUAUCUGUCCACGUUGCUGCUUGUGAGUGACUCAGUAUUACUACAGAGGGGAGAUGAUGGGCCAGGUUGAAGGGCAGCUGCCUCACCCUAGCCAGCCCUACGAGCUGCUUGUGUCUCUGUUGAAUCUGUGGCCUUCUGUGCCGUCCACACAACAAGCAAAUAAAAAGUGAAAACUG